UGCGUUGCGGCGGUCACACUUAAAAAACAAAAAAAAAUAGCACAGGCAAAAUAGACGUGCUUAGAGCUGUAAAAGUCAGUUUUUGAUAAAAUUGAGAUAUUGAGUUUGUUUGUUUAUUGUGUUCGGGUCGAGCUUGUUGCUUCGACAAUCCCGAGGAUCGAUCGCGGGGAACGAUCUUAGUGACCACCAUCCAGGCGUAAUUUACGCAACGCACUACAAAAUCGGCAACAUUUGGGCAACAACAAAAACAGACGAAGAACAGUGAACACAGAAGAUUGAAGAGAAGAGAAGAGGAGAGGAGCGGAGAAAGGAGAACAGAGAAGAGAGCCUAAGAAACGGAAGAAACAUCAUGGCGAACAUGGCUGUAUCGCGGAUCAAAAGGGAGUUCAAGGAGGUGAUGCGAAGCGAGGAGAUUGUCCAGUGUUCCAUCAAAAUCGAACUGGUCAACGAUAGUUGGACGGAGUUACGCGGCGAGAUCGCCGGUCCACCCGAUACGCCUUAUGAGGGCGGCAAGUUUGUUUUAGAGAUCAAGGUGCCCGAGACAUAUCCCUUCAAUCCGCCAAAGGUGCGAUUUAUAACCCGCAUCUGGCACCCGAAUAUUUCAUCGGUGACUGGCGCCAUUUGCCUAGACAUCCUCAAGGACAACUGGGCUGCGGCAAUGACACUGCGCACCGUGUUGCUAUCCCUGCAGGCCCUCCUUGCCGCCGCCGAGCCUGAUGAUCCACAGGACGCCGUGGUGGCAUAUCAGUUCAAGGACAAGUACGAUCUAUUCCUGCUGACUGCCAAGCACUGGACAAAUGCAUAUGCGGGUGGUCCGCACACCUUUCCCGAUUGUGAUUCAAAGAUUCAACGUCUCAAGGAUAUGGGCAUUGACGAGCAUGAUGCCCGCGCCGUGCUCUCGAAGGAAAACUGGAACCUGGAAAAAGCCACGGAGGGUCUGUUCAGUUAGCUUGCCCCAGAAACAAUAUCAUCUGUACCAUUCACGGCGUCGGCAACACCAAGAAUACCAGCAACCCUAGCAUCAAACCAUUCAAAUUGGCAAUCACGCUAAAUUCUAGUACACACAUCCACAAAAUAAUUCGUAAUUGGUCAAUUUUGUUCACGAAAUCGCAUUGCCCUGUAGUUACACCAAUUCUUUCUGUGUUGUUUUAAUUCUUUUAUUUUAAUUAUCAAGCACCCUUUGCCGCUGGGUGGGUGACCAAAAGGUUGAGCCUAAGGCAAUGCCAACUUCCCAUCAAGCAUGUGCUAUGCAAUUGAACCCAGGGUUCCAUUUCAUUUCCUUGCAUGCAGUCGCAUUUAUUUGCAGGCUCUUUCUAAAAUAAUGCUGUUUUUCCAUUUCAACCUUAAUUUAUAAUGCAUAAAAAAAUUUAAACGAAAAUUAAAUGUGAAAAUGAGAAAGUGUAUAACAAAUCGAAGUCUUUGUAAAUUGCGUUAAGUUAAUAAAUAAAUAAACAAUUAUUAAGAAAUGCUUAA